CUAAACACAAGCCAAACUGAUAAAGUUGAGCACAUUCUCGGAAUUUUAUCGUUUUUCAGCGGGUUAGUCACGAAGUAACAACCAUGGCGGACGGAAUCACGUCCAACGUUCUGCUGAAUGUGGAGCAAGCGGUUCUGGACUUUAGCAAUGUUCCUGUUGAUCAACAAAGAGUAGUUCUGGAGAAGGUGGUGACCAAGUUGUGCAGUGAAGAGCUGAGCCAUGUGAUGGAGAUUGUGAUUUUUCUGAGGAAGUACCUCAAAUCGAAGCAGGCCGAUGGUGUCCAGGUGCUGGUCAAAGGAGUAGAAGAACUGCUGCGCUACCUGAACCAACUCGAGCAGUGCAGUUCCAAGUCUGGCUGUCUGCUUUUGGUGUACGGCCUACUAGAUGACACCUUGACAGAUGUUCCCGAAGUGACAAACCUGAAACUUUCGCUCGAAUACACCGUCAAAGAGCUGGCUCAACUGAUUGUCAAGCCCAUCGAUGACGAGCUGAUAACGGUCGCGGCACUCUUCGACCAGGGCUUCUCGUACGGAGUGCUGAAUCAGCUGUUUGACGAAACCGCGUCGUACGUCAUCGAUCGCAGCCAGCUGCGCAAUGUUUGCAGCUUUGUCGAGCACCUACCCUGUAUCGACCAGCAAAUCAAGGCCUGCUUGGUGCUGCAUCGACGAAUGCUCAUGGAUUCGAAGCGAUUUAGAACCGGCGCAACCGUUUUAGCGUUCCGCGUCCGGAAGAUCAAACGGUACACGGACUUUCCGCGUGCCAAGUACGCCGAAGAGCUGCGUCGGCUGAAGCUUAAGCUUCCGGAAGGCGUCUACGCCAUCGUCUGGAACUACGCAACCAUUUCAACGGGACAGUUUAUGAACCCGGAAGCUCGUUUCAACCAAAUUGGAAUCCUCAAAUCCAAACGGAUUGCUUGGAUCGGUACCGCUACCAAAGCAACCCGCCAUGAAUUCAUCACCGCCGACGGCGGAAUCAGCUUCGCCAUCCGGAACACCGACAGCGGACUCUUUUUGACGGAAGAUGACGACGGCUUCUGCUACAUGGAGAAAACCGAAGACACCUGGACCGUGGACGUGGUUCGACGUGAGGAUGACUACUUUUACAAGAUCACCAAUCAACGAACCAACAAUUCCCUAAUGCCAUCCCAAGAAGUUCGGCUAGAUUUGGAGAACAACGAGGCCGGGUACAAUCUGGUGGACUUCACCGAACGAGCCCUCGUCGCCGUCCAGAAGUUUGAGCUGAACAAGGCUAGUGCCAGAUGUGUUAUUCAGUAAAAUCACAAUAAAACCCAUGUAAAGUACCGUGUAAAACCCUUCCCCCAAAAACGCGCGAUCAUCUUGAAAGCCGUCGUCGAAUGCCCAAAAAUGGUCAUCUGUCACCGACCGGGCAGGGAGCGCAAGGACAAGGCCAAACAUGGACGCGCUCGGCAACUGAGGGUUUCCGGAGCGUCUCGGCGCAAUAGACAGCUUGACGACUUGUGGGUAAAAAAAUGGCUCACAGGGAUGGUUGGGAAGAACCCUGG